AAGCAUACCCGGUACAAUAUAUGAAAUUUUCGAAUCUGAACCGCACCUGAACAAAGAAUUUUACAGGCUGCGAAGGAGACGACGAGUGAACUGAGUCAGUAACUCUCUCACUCUCUCAAGUCUCCAGUAAAAAUGUGUUCUUGUUCUAGCCGCUAGACGACGAGAGAGGUGAUUCUUGUUUCAUCCCCUCUUCACUUGUUUGUUCGUCUUCGUCGUUCCCUGCGGCGUUCUCAUCUCAUCUCAGUCUCAGUCCCUCCUUUCUCAAAUUCCUCUGUGCUCUCGGUUCGGAACGAUCUGGCUAAGGGGUUUGGUUUGUUGUUAUUUGCCCAAUUUUGAUUUGAGGGGUUUGCGCAGGAAGUGAAGAUGAAAAGUUCAUCUCUUUUCAUGGCUGCAGCCACGGCUGGUUGUUGCGGUGCUAUGCUUGCUAACUCAUUCUCACCGAAAGAAAAGCUAAAUGAUUACAUAUGGGGUCUUGUUCAGAAAGCAAUCACACAUUUUUCUACCGAUAUGACUCUUGUCAUAAACGAACUUUCAGGAGGUUUCUUACCUAACAAGAUGUUCCAUGAUGCACAAGCGUAUAUGGCCACCAGGAUCACUCUUUCCACUUCCAACAGGCUCAGAGUAGUCAAACGUAAUGGAAUAAGCGGACUUCUGUUGGUAGAGAACGAUGCAUUCGUUGACACUUUCAGGGGAAUCAAUAUCAGAUGGAUCCUCCGUACUAGUGAAAUCGAUAGGAACACAGGAGGAGGAAUAUCAUCACAAGUUCAAUACUACGAUCUCAUCUUCCCCAAAAAAGAAAGGGACUUGGUCAUUGAAUCAUACUUGCCUUUUGUCUCCCUCGAAGCUGAAUCUAGUCCCUUCCUUGGUAUUGUGUAGUCAGCUACCUUGGUACUUAUUAGUUCCUUUUUAUGUAUUGUGUUUCCUAAGUCAUUGUUAGGUGGGAAAUAUCUCAAUUAUGUUUUGUGAUACCACCAUGGAUCUCUAGUUUAAUUCUCUGAAGUCUAAUCUAGUAUAAGGACUUUAACCAUCUCCUCUGAGUCUAAUCUUGUGUUGUGUUUUGAUGAGUAAAAAACUUGCAUAUACUA